UUCCUCUCAGCUUCCAAUAAAAAAAUGGACCUGUUUCCUUUCUCUCAGUCUUCCUGUUAUCAUAUAUGACUCUUCCAUGUAUGCUAAUAUUCUUUAGUAGUUUUUAUGCAUCCAAAACUGAAGGAAACCUACUUCUGAAUUUUUACCCGGCUCAGAAGGUGGAUUUGGGUUUUCCUGCUGCUCUUCAGAUGUACAAAUGAGAGAGGAGCAAAACGAAGAAAGAAAAGUUUAGUCUGAUUGUCUUCUCUUUUCUAUAUGUUUAUAUGAAUGUCACAAGUAUUUCUAUCGCUGUCUUAUAAGAAAUUUUUGUUUUUCCUGUAAUAAUUCAUGUUAUAAAGAGCUGAUUGCCAAUGGCUGUUUUUCAUUUCCUCAAACAUUCCCUACUGUUUAUUGCUCCUGCCCUUCGUCUUUGCUGUUUUCGCAGUUACAGUCUCUCUUCAGCUUUUCUUUCUUUGUUAAUUUUGAUUCUAUCAUUUCUUUCCCCUGCCUUCAUCUUUAAGAGAAAAAAGCUUUGUGAGGCCAGCUCAAUGGAGAUGCCAGUGGAAUCAAAGGAUGAUGUGAAGAUUCUGCUACAUGAUCAGGCUGCCAAGGAAGAGAAUGCAUCUGGAGAAGAGCAACCAUGUCGGCUAAAUGAUCCUGCUGAUGCUGGGCGUGUAGGCCGUCCAUUGGAACGCGAAGAUAUGGAGGUGGAAAUGGCUGUUGCUGGAGGCGAGGGGAAGAGCUUAGUUUUCUCCAUUAGUAAUGAUGAUAUGUUGCGUGGAGAUAUGGAUUGCAUUCCAUUCGCAUGUUCAUCUUGUUCGAUUUCUGACGACGAGUCAUUAUCUAGGGCUAUAUCUUGGUCUUCAAGAUGCUCAGAAAGUCUGAGCUCAGAGGAUGAGGAUCUUAUCGAGAUUGCCGUCCCUGAUGGCCAUUAUAUCGAGCGCAAGGAGUCCAAUGCACUGUGGCCAAGAUCGGCCGCAGAUUUCCUGCCAAACUUCUUGCCAGAAGCAGUGUUCAGGCAACAUGGGCUUAUGGAACUGUUAUCUGAGAUCAAUGAGGACGACAAUUUGAUCGAGAUUGACAUUGUCAUGGGCUCCAUUAAAUGCUCAAGCUUGGGAAUCAAUGCAUAAGCGGAUCUGGAUGGUUUCGGUGCUGUCAGAAGCCUUGAAGUCACUUAGAACCAUGUCUUCUUUCAGGGUUAAAGUUCUUGUUUGUCUUA